AUGCCGAAACCCACGGACAUUCCCUCUUUUGCCGCCUCACAGCUCACGCUCCUCGAUGCCGAGCUCCAAGCCGAGCUUUCCGAAACAAACGCGCUCCUCUCCUCACACACGCCUACCGCCCUCUCACGCGCCGGUCUCGCGAUCCUGAACCUUAAUGUGUCUUCUAUACGGACAGGGUUGGGCGGCAAGACCGUAGUCGAGCUGGGGUUAGAUUCGGCAGUCGUGGCUAAAGGCGAAAAGCCCGACAUUCCAGAACAUGGCAUACGUGUGGGGGAUAUAGUCGCGGUCCAGGAUCAGCCUAGCGGGAGCGCAAAGAAGACAGAGAAGAAAGAGCUGGAGAAAAAGGGUGCCGAAGGGGUCGUGUUGAGGGUGCGCAGGGAGACCGUGGAAAUCGUACUGGACAAAGAGGAUGCAGAUGUGCCUACUGGCGGCAAGUUAUGGAUCGUCAAACUGGCGAACGACGUCACCUACAAAAGGAUGAACCAAACUAUGAGCAGGUUACAGAGGCUCGGAGACCAGGAGUACACACCCUUCAUGCGCGUGCUCUUUGGGCAAGCAUCACCUACGCCUCUGCCUUCGGACCUUAAUGAUCCCUCAAACCCUCUUCACAAGCUCGCGUGGAAUGAUCCAUCCCUCAAUGACAGUCAAAAAGAGGCCGUCAGAUUUGCGCUGGCUUCGCGAGAAGUUGCCCUAAUCCACGGUCCUCCCGGAACAGGCAAGACACAUACCCUCAUCGAGCUUAUUCUACAAUUACUCAAACAGAAGCUCCGCCUGCUAGUAUGUGGACCAUCGAACAUAUCCGUAGACAAUAUCGUCGAGCGACUAGCCUCCCAUAAAGUACCUAUGGUGCGACUAGGGCAUCCGGCACGGUUAUUGCCAUCUGUUCUAAACCACUCUCUCGACGUCCUCACAAGAACGUCGGAAGCAGCUGCUUUGGUUCAAGACGUCCGCAAAGAAAUGGAUGACAAGCAAUCGUCUAUCCGCAAGACACGCAACGCCAAAGAACGCCGUCAGAUCUACACCGAGCUAAAGGAGCUUCGACAAGAGUAUAGAGAGCGAGAGAAAGGAUGCGUGAACAACCUUGUGACUGGCAGCAAAGUCGUCCUUGCGACGCUGCAUGGCGCGGGAGGCUUCCACCUGAAGGGCCAGGAAUUCGACGUCGUCAUUGUAGAUGAAGCCAGUCAGGCUUUAGAAGCACAAUGCUGGGUGCCUCUGCUCUGGGUCAAAGCAAACAAGCUAGUAUUGGCUGGUGAUCAUCUACAAUUACCACCUACUAUCAAAUCUCUUAACUCGAAGCAAUCAAAGGUUGCCAAGAAAAGCAACGGUAAGGAUACUCGAGCUGGAGUAGACAACGCAGAGAAGCCCGCUGGCAAGCCGAUUGAUGGCAUGACACUAGAAACAACGCUUUUCGACAGGCUGCUAGCUUUGCAUGGUCCAUCGAUCAAGCGUAUGCUAACGACGCAAUAUCGCAUGCAUGAGAAGAUUAUGCGAUUCCCUUCCGACGAGUUAUACGAUUCAAAACUUAUCGCCGCCGACUUCGUCAAGGAUCGUUUACUGAAAGACUUGAAGUAUGAUGUCCAAGACACUGAAGAUACGCAAGAGCCGCUAGUUUUCUGGGAUACACAAGGCGGAGACUUCCCCGAGAAAAUCGAAGACGAGGGUGUAAUAGGCAAGGGCGGGAAAGGCAUGAGUCUCGGCGAUAGCAAAUCUAAUGAAGCGGAGGCGGCAUUGGUGAAGAUGCACGUCGGUAAUCUGAUCAAUGCUGGCGUUAAAGCUGAAGACAUUGCGGUGGUCACGCCAUACAAUGCGCAGCUUGCAUUGCUUGCUGGAAUGCUCAAAGAAGCCUAUCCUGGUAUUGAACUAGGGUCCGUUGAUGGCUUCCAAGGCCGCGAGAAGGAAGCUGUCAUUGUCAGUACGGUACGGAGCAAUCCGGAGCAUGAGGUGGGCUUCUUGGGCGAGAAGAGACGGCUCAACGGUACGUCAACGUCAACCUUAACGACUCGCCGCAAUAUCCACGCAUGA